UCAUGUACCAUGUAGCCUCGCCUUUUUUUUUUGGAUUCAGUGUCCAGCAUCGGUGCCAUGCCGGAAAAGUCGAAACUGCCGAAGUUGCGGCCCAAUGUCAACAAGCGUGCACAGCAGAUCAUCACUGCGCACAUGCAAUUAGAGGAUCAGGGGAUUGGGGCAGUGUCCAACAGCAGUGUGCCGGUUCUCUCGAAGCUGGAGCGAACAGCUCCCAGAACGGCACGGACGCAUGACGUCUCGCACCUGGCGGAUCACCGCAGCACUCUGCAACCACAACUUCCAGCCUCACAAAUUAAGGAGGAAGACUUUGUAUAUGAGAGCAGUUUCAUGCCUUUGGAUGUCACCAGCACUUAUUCUGACGAGGAUGGUCUUUGGCAUACAAAGGUCUUCCCUUCCGACAGCCCGUCCAGUCGGACGGAUGCCGUGAUGUUGGACAACUGGAUCAGCAAGACUUUGAGAGAGAUCCAGAAGAACCUCCUUGAGUGCCAGCGUAGCAGAGAUGACUUUGCCAGCAGCGUCCAGGAGUUGGUUCCGGUGCUCUCGGUGGCCCUGCAUGAAAUCGUACGUCAGGUGAUGCACCACUGCGUGGAACGAGGCGUGGCACUUCAGAAGAUCUGGCGCACCUAUGUGGAGCUCUUUGAAAGAGUCCUGGACCAAAUGCAACAGUCACUGAAGCUCCACAAGGAGCGAACAGCAGAAGUGCAGGAUGAACUGAAGGAAGCCAAUCAGGAAGUGCGGCAACUGAAGCGAGAGCAUCCUGAGCAGAUGCACAAUAUCAUCUCAGAGUUGGAGGCCAAAUUCCUGCAGCGGCAGAAGAACUUUGAGAGAGAUCUUGCAGAGGCUGAGGAAGAGAACUUGGCUGCAAAGACGGCCAUCCGAACGCAGCACAAGGAGUUGGAGAGCUGGUAUCCAGGAUUCCAGCACUACCAGGAUUCGUUGGUUAAAAACCUGUUGCCUCAGACAGAUCAUGGCUCCAUUUCUUCAAAGGCGCUAUUGAAGGAGUCUGUGGAUGAUGCUGCACCGGAAGUGGCCAUGGCCGAGGACUUCAAGCGGCUCCUGGCUGCUCUGCCACCCGACAAGCGGAAGGUCAUAGGUCAAGAUCUGAUGGGUCUCAUUGAUGGCGAUGAGGUUGAAAAAAUCAACGAUGCACCCUUCAACCUCGAGGAGAAAGCGCUAGAGAUCGAAGAAAUCGAGCGAUUGCAGUGUGAACUGCAGGCGCAAGAGGAGCAGAUCAAGGACCUCAAGACGCAGAUUGCCAGGAUGGAGGCUGAGGGGCUGGAUCCGGCUGAGGAUCAAGGUGACUGUAUCUUGGUGAUUCGAUGGUGGGAGGGUCAAAAGGCCAUGGUUUUUUAAGCCAAAAGCGACCAAAAGCGGUUCAAGAAUGACAGCUGUGACGGCUUUUUUGAAGCUUUUGGGGCAUGUGAACCAAGCACUUUCUCUGGAGACCUUUAGUCACUUUUAAUCUUAUAGAACUGUACUCCAUGUUUUUGCGAUGAGAACAAGCUGGUGUGAUCUGACCUGCUCAAGUUGGUAGAUGUACUGUAGUUGUUUGUACCAAGAGCUCGGCCGCAUUUGAUCUUUGGAAUCCCGAGAAGUAAGAAUUGAAAAGAUGUCGAGAUGUCGGUCAUCCAUUCCGUCCAUUGUGCCGUCCCCGCACCUGCUGCGCUGCUAAGUUGUGGAGGAGGAUGAUGACGGCGAGGUUCAUUAUACCUAAUAUCAAGAAUUAAGAAAA